AUGAUGAACCACUUGACCAUUGAGACGGAGGAUUCUCUUGCAAGCUUGCUUGAGCUUGCAGCCAACAAUGAUGUUGAAGGUUUUAAACGAAUGAUCGAGAGGGAUCCUUCCUGUGUAGAUGAGGUAGGACUGUGGUACAGUCGUCAAAAGGGAUCAAGGCGGAUGGUCAAUGAGCUCAGAACCCCAUUAAUGGUUGCUGCUACCUAUGGGAGCAUGGAUAUUUUGGAUCUGAUUCUAUCACUUUCUGGUUGUGAUAUUAAUAAACCUUGUGGCCUUGACAAGAGCACUGCUCUUCAUUGUGCGGCUUCAGGCGGGGCUGAAAAUGCUGUUGAUGUUGUUAUAUUGCUUCUAGCAGCAGGGGCUGAUCCAAACUCUGUGGACGCAAAUGGUCAUCGUCCAGUUGAUGUCAUUAUUGUUCCUCCCAAGCAUGAGUCUGUUAGAAACAGUCUUGAAGCACUUCUUCAAACUGAUGACUCCAUUGCAGUGUGUAAUCUCAGGGUGAUCACGGCCCCAUCAAAUUCAUAUUCUCCACCUUUGUCGACUUCACCCGAGAACGAGUCUCCUUCUGCACCAGAUUUCCAAUUGAAGUCAAAGUUAAAUGAUGGCUUUGUUUCUUCUGCAUCCGAGAAGAAAGAGUAUCCUGUUGAUCCAUCCCUUCCUGACAUCAAGAAUAGCAUAUAUUCAACUGAUGAAUUCCGAAUGUAUUCUUUCAAAGUCCGACCUUGUUCCCGGGCCUAUUCGCAUGAUUGGACUGAAUGCCCUUUUGUUCACCCAGGAGAGAAUGCUCGGAGAAGGGACCCCAGAAAGUACCACUACAGUUGUGUCCCUUGUCCUGACUUUCGGAAGGGUGCUUGCCGACGAGGAGAUAUGUGUGAAUAUGCUCAUGGAGUUUUCGAGUGCUGGCUGCAUCCAGCACAAUACCGUACCCGUCUUUGCAAGGAUGGGACAAGUUGCUCCAGAAGAGUUUGCUUUUUUGCUCACACUGCUGAGGAGCUUCGGCCUUUAUAUGUUUCAACUGGUUCUGCUGUACCAUCUCCUCGUUCAAGCACAUCUUCUGCUAUGGAAUUUGCUGCAGCCAUGAACAUGUUACCUGGCUCUCCUUCCUCAAUGUCUGUCAUGUCACCUUCACCGUUCACUCCACCUAUGUCACCCUCUGCCAAUGGCAUGUCACACUCUUCCGUUGGCUGGCCCCAACCAAAUGUCCCAGCCUUGCAUCUACCAGGGAGCAAUCUUCAUUCCAGUCGUUUGAGAUCUUCAUUCAAUGCCAGAGAUAUUCCGAUGGAUGACUUCGACUUGUUGCCUGAGUAUGAUGUUCAGCAACAGCAACAGCUCCUUAACGAAUUCUCUUGCCUCUCCAAACAGCCUAAUGCUAUGAACCGCUCUGGUCGCAUUAAAACUCUGACCCCUUCAAAUCUUGAUGAUUUAUUUUCUUCUGAGAGUUCAUCCCCUCGGUUUGCUGAUCCAGCAUUGGCUUCGGCUGUUUUUUCUCCAACACAUAAAUCAGCUAUUAUUAAUCAAUUUCAGCAGCAGCAAAGCUUGCUGUCGCCUGUGAACACAAACUUUUCUUCUAAAAAUGUCGAGAAUCCUUUAUUGCAGGCUGCCUCAUUUGGGGUUCAAGCAUCAGGAAGGAUGUCUCCUCGGAAUGUGGAACCUAUUUCUCCAAUGAGCUCUCGGAUUUCUGUGCUAGCUCAACGUGAGAAGCAGCAACAAUUCCGAAGCCUUAGCUCCAGGGAACUUGGCUCCAACUCUGCUACUGUUGCCGCUGCAGCUGCUGCCGCAGCAGGGUCCCCAGUCAAUUCUUGGUCAAAAUGGGGACCUUCCAAUGGGACGUUGGAUUGGGCUGUCAAUGCUGAUGAGUUAAGGAAGCAUCGUAGGUCAUCUUCGUUUGAGCACGGGAAUAAUAGUGAGGAGCCUGAUUUCUCAUGGGUCCAGUCACUUGUUAAAGAAUCUCCAACUGAGAUUAAGGAGAAUUCAGCGACAACUGUGUCAAGUGGUGCAGCAGCUGGAUCCUCCAGCGAGGUAUCAAAUAUGAGCACACAAAUGGACUCUGUUGAUCAUGCCGUGUUAGGAGCAUGGCUUGAACAAAUGCAGCUGGAUCAUCUUGUGGCUCAGCAAAAUUAA